AUGUCGUCUCUCUCCCCCAUUUCUUCUUCAGUCCUCUCCACCAAUACAUCACUGCCGACUCCGACGACUUCAGGACAACUCUGGCCACUCCAGACACCUCCGACGAUUCUAUCAAACCCUCACCCGCAACACCCCAACCCACCCUUCCUACUCCCUUCUCUUUUUUCUUCUGUCCUCACUGAAACCAUUCCAUCUGACCAGGGCACAAGUCCAUCACACAUGAUCGAAGAAGAGGGAGAUUCAGAUCGGAGAAGCAGGUUCAGAUCGAACCCAAAUCUUGUCCAUCGAAGGUCCUCCUAUACGGAUGUGACGAUGAUGUGAACCCUAGAUGAUGCGACGAUGGAAGCGUGCUGGUGGCGAUGACGGCUCACAGGUGGCGUUGGUGGCUCACCGGUCGAAUGAAGUGCAGAUUUACUACCCCAUCUUGUCAUCUCCCUCGGUAUCAAAUCAGAGUUACAGGUUCACCGAAUCAGAGUCUGGUGGUGUUAACAGUAAAUGUGCCUAGUUCGAUGGUGGUUUGAAUAUAUGUUGUUGCUCCGGUGAAUGAGGUAGUGGUUUGUGGUUAUUUUCGAUGAAACAUGUGAACUUUGAACAAAUUAGUGGGUGUGGUGAAGUGAGGGGUGACGUUGGUGCUUCAUUUUCCCGGUGAGGGGUGGCGAUGGUACUUCGUUUUCCGAUGGUGGUGUAGAAUAUCGGUGGUGGUGGUGGUGGUACGUCUUAUCCAACAAAGUAAAAAUUAAUUAAAAUAAUUUUUAAUAAUUAAAAAUAUCAAAAAUGUUCAAAAUAAUUGAAAAAAAUAAAAUAAAAAUGGCAUUAUAGUUUUUUUUUAUGUAUCAAAAUGGAUGAAACAUGUAAAUUAAAACUAACGAGGGAUGAACCGUACAACUUUUAACGACACGAUGAACGGUCCGAGUUAAUAUUUAAAAAUAAGGUU